GUGACUGUUGUGUAUUGAAGUUAGUAAUGUUGAACUCCAUUACCCAGCAUCCAUGUGUUACCCAGAAUGCUUAGGGAAUGGUCACGUGCCAGUGCACUGAGCAGAGAGCUAGGAAGCGGUUGAUAGCCAUGCACUGUGUAGUACGUUGAAAGAGACUGUUAAAUAAAAGGUCAUAGAAACCCAGCGACUGACUUGGCUUACUUUAAGAUAAGCAAGACAACACAUGGUGUCAGAAGUGAGCAGCAAGAUUAAAGAGAAAAAUUCUUGUGAGUGAAAACAUGCCGAGGAGCAACAGGCUGACAGCGAGUGCUAUAUCGAGUGAUGGCUACGAGCAGCAGUGACAGUGAAGCAGGAGCCGAGAGAGAAAUUGAACAAACAGAAGAGGAUUUUGUUCCUGAUUUGGUGAAUAACGCACAGCAGCAGAGGACUGUGGAUGCCCAAAUACCCCGACUCGCCAUGGAUAAGCUAAGUCCGCCCACUUCCAUGCAAUUGACAGGCAAUCUUGCUGAUAACUGGAAACGUUUCAAGCAAAGAUUUAACAUUUAUUUGGCAGCAAGUGGAGCAGGGAACGGUGAUGAAAAACUUAAAGCUAAUAUCCUAUUGCAUGUUGUUGGAGAAGAUGCUUUGGAUAUAUUUAACAGCUUUCAGCUGGAUGAAGCUAACCUGACUCUGGCAGAAUUAAUGACAAAAUUUGAAGAGUAUUUUGUACCCACUCAGAAUGUGACCUUUGAAAGGUACAAGUUUUUCACCCAUGAUCAAAAGCAAGGAAUACCUUUUGAUCAAUACUUAGCAGAGCUUCACACAUUAAGCAAAACAUGUGAAUUCGGGACUCUGAGAGACUCACUGGUGAGAGACAGGAUUGUCUGCGGUACAGCGGAUAAUGGACUAAGAGAAAGACUGCUUAGAGAAACUGGACUUACAUUAGAUAAGUGUGUUUCUAUGUGUCGAGCAGCAGAGACCACAAGAGCACAAGCAAAAGAGCUUCGGAGAGAUGAUACAACAGUGCAUGCAAUACAGAAAGAAAGAAAGAAAAAUAAAACAUAUCCUAAACAAGAGGAGAAACAUGCAGGUUUUAAAUGUGGCAAAUGUGGAAACAGCCACAAGCCAAGAUCAUGCCCUGCAUAUGGAAAAUCUUGCAACAACUGUGGGAAAAGCAACCAUUAAUGCUAAAUGUUGUAAAGCUCCCACAAGACAAAAAGUCCACACAGUUGAUGGGGAAGAACAGGAAGACGAGUUCAUUGUGGAUAUGGUGCAUGUAGGCACAGCAGAAAAAGAAGAAUGGAUAGUACCACUUGAAGUGAACGAGACAAUAAUUCCAUUCAAGAUUGACACGGGUGCACAAAUAAAUCUGUUAUCUAUAGAGGAUUACAAAACACUGACAGUGAAGAGCAAAAUGAAUCCAAUAAAAACGAAGGUGACUGGCUACACAGGCGAACGCGUUCCUGUAAAAGGAGGCUGCAUUGCAACAUUCAAACAUAAAAACCAAAAGAUACGAGCACAACUGCUUAUCGUGGAUAAGAAUGUGCAACCAAUUUUAGGGCUAAGCACGUCUGUAAAGCUGAACCUAGUUAAAAGAGUGUUUGUCGUGACAUCACCAGAAGUGACAAAUGAUAAUGACUCGCUCAUGAAAGAGUACAAAGAUUGCUUUGAAGGACUAGGAUGUUUACCUGGAGAGCAUAGAAUAUGCGUGGAUAAAGGUGUCCUUCCUGUCGUGCAUCCAUGUAGGAAAGUUCCAUUUGCGCUGCGAGAAAAACUGAAAGACGAGCUAGCACACAUGGAAAAACUUGAGGUCAUCAAAAAGAUAGAUGAACCAACUGAAUGGGUCAGCUCAUUGGUAGUCAUUCAAAAGAAAACAGGAGCACUCAGAACGUGCCUAGACCCAAGAGACUUAAACAAAGCAAUCAGAAGAGAACAUUUCAAGUUGCCAACCAGGGAAGAAAUCAUGGCACAGUUUGCUGGAGCUAAGUGGUUCAGUAAAUUAGAUGCAUCGUCAGGUUUUUGGCAGCUGAGGUUAUACGAAGAGAGCUCAAAACUCUGUACAUUCAACACGCCCGAAGGCAGGUACAGGUUUCUUCGCCUACCAUAUGGAAUUAGAUCUGUGCCUGAAGUCUAUCACAAGACUAUACACAUGAUCUAUGAACACAUACCAGGAGUAGAGACCAUGAUGGAUGACAUCAUUGUCUGGGGAACUACUCGAGAGGAACAUGACAAAAGACUCAGACAAGUGUUGGACAAGACAAGAGAAGUAAAUCUGGAACUAAAUAAAGACAAAUGUGAGUUUGGAGUGAAGACACUUACCUUUGUGGGAGAUGUCGUCAGUGAACAGGGAGUGAAGCCAGACCCAAAAAAGACUUCAGCUAUAAACAAUAUGGAAAGACCAACCAACAAAGAUGAAGUUAGGCGGUUCUUAGGGAUGGUAACCUAUCUCGCAAAGUUUGUCCCACAACUGGCAACCCUGACAACACCCGUAAGGAGUCUUCUUGAACAGAAAAAUGAAUGGAUUUGGUCUCAUGAACAAGAGCAAAGUUUUCGGAAACUGAAAGAGGUUUUGACACAAGAACCGGUGCUAAAGUUCUAUGAUCCAGAGAAGAGGACCAGAAUUUCAGCGGAUGCGUCACAGCAUGGCUUGGGAGCAGUGCUGCUGCAGCAACACGAUGAGCAGUGGCUACCUGUAGCCUACGCAUCCAGAGCAUUGACAGGUGCAGAGUCCAGGUAUGCUCAAAUAGAAAAAGAACUGUUAGCCAGCAUGUAUGCAUGUGAGCGGGUCCAUCAAUAUGUUUAUGACCAAACGUUUGAAGUGGAAACCGACCAUAAACCAUUGGUGUCAAUCAUGUCUAAAGCACUGAGUGAUUGUCCUGUAAGGAUACAGCGGAUGUUAAUCAGGCUGCAAAAAUAUGACGUGCACAUGAUGUACACAAAAGGAAAGUACAUGUACACAGCAGACACUUUGUCUAGAGCAGUGGACAAAGACGAAAAAGAAGACAGCGGAAAAGGUGCAGAAAUACAGGCAUAUGUGGACAUGAUUCUGACAUCUCUGCCGGUAACUGCUGACCGAACAGAACAAAUACGAACAGAGACAAAUGCAGAUGAAACCAUGAAAGAACUGAAAAGAACAAUACUCAAAGGAUGGCCUGAAAACAAAAAAGAAUGCCCUGGAAAAAUACAAGAUUUCUGGAACUGCAGAGCAGAGCUCACAGUGGUGGACGACAUAGUGUUAAAAGGAAGCAAGUUUGUCAUUCCAACAUCACUACGCAAGCAGAUGCUUCGAAAAAUACAUGAAGGUCACCUUGGGGAGGUCAAGUGUAAACGCAGAGCAAGGGAUGUAAUUUACUGGCCAAGAAUCAACCAAGACAUCAGCCAGACGACAGCUUCAUGUGAACUUUGCUGUACUUACAGGCCGAGACAACAAGCAGAACCACUGAUGUCUCACCCAGUUCCACACAGACCUUAUUAUAAGGUUGGGACUGAUUUGUUUGACUGUAAUGGUAAAAGCUAUGUGGUGGUAACAGACUACUUUUCGAACUAUCCUGAAGUCGGAGUGCUGCAGUCAACAUCAAGUAAAGCAGUGAUUAGUUUCCUGAAGUGUGUGUUUGCCAGACACGGUGUUCCGUGUGAACUGUUUUCAGACAAUGGACCACAGUUUUCCAGCAGUGAGUUUGCUGACUUUGCUAAAGAUUGGGGGUUUAGACACAUAACAUCAAGUCCAAACUAUCCAAAGUCCAAUGGCUUAGCGGAAAGCUCAGUAAAGACAGUGAAGACUCUACUGAAAAAAGCACACGACAGAGAUGACUUCCAAAAAGUCUUCUGAUCUACCGGAGUACACCUCUACAAAAUGGAUUGUCACCAGCUCAGAUGCUGAUGGGAAGGCGCAUUCGCUCCAACCUACCAGUACAUGAAGACUUGUUGACCCCUAAGGCUGCACACAAAGUCAGGAAGGCAAAAGAAGAAAUGAAGAUGAAGCAAAAGCGGCUGUAUGAUCGAAAGGCUAAACAUCUGCCUUUCCUAAAGCCAGGAGACAAGGUACGUCUUAGAGAUGCUUCCACAGGAAACUGGAGACAACAAGGACGCGUGCAAGAGGAGGUGGCUCCACGGUCUUAUAAGGUCCAGUUGGAGAGUGGACUGUCUCUGAGAAGAAACCGUGCGGAUCUGCAGCUUCAGCCUAUGGUAGAAAAUACUGCAGUAACAGAUACAAGCCUGCCGGACUCUGAUGCAUCUUUAAACCUAACAACAGAAGAUCAAGAACACCAAACAGAGAGUCUGACAGCAGGGUCCGCAUCACCUAAUGGAUCGAAACUUUCCGAUUCAACCAACUUUCUGGACGUGACAAGAUCGCUAAGACCUAAGAAACAUGUUCAGCCACCAAAGAGGCUUAUUGAGACUUGCUGAAAGUUUAAAAAAAAAAAAAAAAA